AUGGACGAGAACAGUAUAAAAUAUACAUCGUUUGUGACGCCUAGUGGACAAUACGAGUUUCUGCGUACGCCAUUUGGACUGUGCAUAUCGCCGCCGGUCUUCCAACGGUAUGUAAACUUCGUAUUUCGCGAUAUGAUCAAAGCCGGUUACCUGUUGGCAUAUAUGGAUGACCUUGUUGUUGUGGCGGCUAACGUGGAAGAGGGCGUGUCACGCUUGGAAGCUGUGAUGGGGAUUGCAGCUGAAUAUGGUCUUGACAUUAAGUGGUCCAAGUGUCAAUUUCUUAAGCGCACUAUUGAUUACCUCGGUUACCGUAUUCAGCAUAACGCUGUCAGUCCCUCCGAGGUUAAACUUUCAGCCGUGCGUCAUUUCCCUAUACCUAAGACCGUCAAAGCGGUGCAAAGCUUUUUAGGGCUCACCGGUUAUUUUAGACGGUUCAUAUCCGGUUACGCCCAUGUGGCACGACCGCUGAGUGACCUGCUGAAACAAGAUGUGGUAUUCCAAGUUGGCGUUGAACAGGAAGCAGCCUUUGUAGAGUUGAAACGCCGUCUUACAGAAGCCCCUGUGUUGCGAAUCUACAGUCCGGAAGCUGAAGCGACAGAGUUACACACUGACGCAAGUCAAUGGGGAUUUGGGGCGGUGCUACUGCAGAAGGAUAGCAAUGAUGGUAAGUUGCAUCCAGUGUGCUACAUGAGUAGAAAAACCACUGAGGCACAGCGUAACUACCAUAGUUAUGAACUAGAGGUACUGGCGAUCGUAGAAGCGUUGAAAAAGUUUAGAGUGUAUUUAUUGGGUAUACACUUCAAAAUCGUGACAGAUUGCGCUGCGUUUACAAAAACCUUGGAGAAAAAAGAUUUAGCAACCAGAGUGGCCAGGUGGGCACUGCUGGUCUCAGAGUACGAUUAUACCAUAGAACACAGGUCCGGCUCAAGGAUGCCCCAUGUGGAUUCCUUGAGUCGUUACCCAGUGUGCAUGUCCAUCCAGAGAAGUGAGUUCCUGUUACGGUUGGUAGCCGCACAACAAGGCGACCCUGAUAUUCGGACUAUCAUGAAUGCACCAGUGGCUGGGAAAUAUGUAAUCAAGAGUGGCAUUCUACACGAAGUAUGUGAUGGUAACGACUUACCAGUGAUUCCCAGGAACAUGCAGACUGAGGUUAUUAGGAAUGCCCAUAACGUAGGCCAUUUUGGAGUCACCAAAACUGAAAUGUUAGUACGUCGUGAAUACUCAAUUGUUGGGUUAAAGGGGAAAAUUGAAUCUGUAAUUAGAAAUUGUGUCCCGUGUAUCUUAAUGAAUAGAAAGCAAGGCAGGCAGGAAGGUUUCCUUCACCCUAUUGAUAAGGGAGAUGCACCGCUGAUGACCUGGCACCUUGAUUUUUUAGGACCAAUGGAGGCAACGUCAAAAGGGUAUAAGCAUAUAUUGGCUGUAAUAGAUGGGUUCUCAAAAUUUUGCUGGCUAUUCCCUACAAAGAGCACUGCAGCGUCGGAGGUUAUUGAUCGUUUGUCACAGUUGGAGGUGACAUUUGGUAAUCCUGAACGUAUUGUGUCUGAUCGUGGAACAGCGUUCACAUCAAACAAUUUCGAGCAGUAUUGCAAAGACCGGAAUAUUAGACAUAUAUUAAUUACCACAGGCAUGCCCCGUGGAAACGGACAGGUUGAACGACUCAAUGCUAUAAUUAUUAAUGUGUUGGCCAAGAUGUGUAUCGACCAACCAGGAAAGUGGUAUCGACAAGUGGGAAAAGUGCAGAUGGCAAUAAACGGAUCAGUGCAGAGGUCUAUAGGCAUGACUCCAUUCAAGCUAACUUUUGGUGUGGAGAUGCGUCAUGCUGACUUUGCGUCACUAAGGGAAGCUAUAGAGGAAGAGUACAUACAUUGGUAUGAAAGUCAACGAGAAGAGGACCGUCAGCGAGCCAAGGAUCAAAUUGCCAAGGCCCAAGAAGAGCAACGCAAGACCUUCAACAAACGUAGGAAGGAAUCUGAGUCAUAUUGUAUAGGUGAUUUGGUAGCUAUCCGUAGAACACAGUUCCUACCAAUGUCUAAGCUUGCAAGAAAAUAUCUGGGACCCUAUCGUAUCGUCGGCAGAAGGGGCCCAAAUCGUUUUGAAGUGUGGAGAGUAGGCGACGGUGAAGGACCAAACAAGACAUCCACUGGUACUGACUUCAUGAAGCCCUGGUGUCCAACAAUCAAUCAUGAGGAAGAAGAUGCAGCCGAGGCGGAUGCUGUUCAGUCUGGGGAAGAUGUGGGGUUGAGUUGCCCACUAGAGAGAGGGUCGGUUCCUGAUACAGCUAAGGUGGUGGGGAAGAGCUAG